ACGCCACUCGGCUACAGCGUGAGGGCAGCGCCCCUGUUGUGUGACGUCAGAGCGGGGCUCGGUACGGCCGGGAGCCCCGCGGCGGUUCGGGCCUGCGGCUGCGCGUUUGCAGUGCGUGCCGAUAACGCGAGGUCGUGUCGUUCGCUGCGAAAACUUCAAGAUCGGGAGGACCCGUUCGAUUUCCAGCAUCCUCCCGUGCCUUCCGCUGGCCGCCGAGACCCUCAUGUGCGUGUGCAGCUGGGGCAGAGACGCGCCGAUGCCGUGGGAGCUGUGCCAUGAGCGCUGGUGAGCUGUGGCCGUCGCCAUGACGGAGCCCCACCGGGUUCUGUUCACCACCCUGCACGGCCCGUUGAGCAGCAGUUUCCUGAAGAAGCCUCGCAAGGACGAUGCCGAGCAGUCCCCAGAGGCGGAGCAGCCUGGGGAGACCGUGCGGCUGUCGCUCACUCUCUUCGAGCCGGAUCACAAGCGCUGUCCGGAGUUCUACUACCCAGAUCUUCUGAAGAACAGCCAAGUGAAAAGAAAAGGGUCUUCAGGAGACAAAAGGAAAGAACCUGCUGAUCCCUUUGAUGAUGAAAAGGAGAGACAUAAAGCGGAGGCUCUUGCUAGGAAGUUUGAAGAAAAAUAUGGUGGCAAGAGACGUAGAAAGGACCGUUUUCAGGACUUGAUUGAUAUGGGGUAUGGAUACGACGAAUCUGACUCCUUCAUUGAUAAUUCUGAAGCAUACGAUGAGCUCGUUCCGGCUUCUCUUACUACAAAGUAUGGAGGGUUUUACAUCAACACAGGAACGCUUCAGUUUCGGCAGGCAUCUGAUUCUGAAGAUGAAUAUGUUAAAGAGAAAAAGAAGAAAUCUCCCAAGAAGCGGAAGCUGAAAGAUGGAGGUGAAAAAAUGAAGAAGAAGAAGAAAGAUGAUUCUUAUGACAAGGAGAAAAAAUCCAAAAAGUCCAAGUUCCCAAAAGCUGGCUUUACGGCAUUAAAUGCGAGUAAAGAGAAGAAGAAGAAGAAAUACUCCGGAGCUCUCAGUGUCAAGGAGAUGCUGAGGAAGUUUCAGAAAGAGAAGGAAGCUCAGAAGAAAAAAGAUGAAGAGCAGAAAGUGGUGACUCCUUCACCAGCAGAGCCUCAAGCCCCAAGGGAGGCAGAGACGAUGCCCGACCCGUUGUUAUCACUCUUUGGUCAUGCCAGUGACAGCGACCUGCUGCAGGCAGCUACGGCUAUGGACACAUUAACUGACCUAGACUUGGAGAGACUCUUCAACGAAUCCCCAGAAGGGAGCCCCCUUCACGACGUGGAGGAUGGGAGCAAUCCUGCUGGGGCAGGCUUAGAACAGGACUUCAAGCAGCUGCCAUCCCUCCCGGAGGGGCUGCCGGCCCCUUUGGAGAAGCGUAUCAAAGAACUGGCUCAGGCUGCUAGAGCUGCAGAGGGAGAAGGCAAGCAGAAAUUCUUCACUCAGGAUAUCAACAAUAUCAUACUGGACAUAGAACUGCAGACCCGGGAGCUGAACAGCCAGAUUCGGUCGGGGGUGUACACCCACCUGGCUGCAUUCUUGCCUUGCAGUAAGGACACCCUGGUCAAGCGUGCCCGUAAGCUUUAUCUGUAUGAGCAGGGUGGACGACUGAAGGAGCCUCUGCAGAAGCUGAAGGAAGCCAUUGGUAGAGCCAUGCCAGAGCAGAUGGCGAAGUACCAGGAGGAAUGCCAAGCCCACACUCAGGCCAAAUUUGUUAAAAUGCUGGAAGAGGAAAAGGACAAAGAGCAGCGAGAUCGAGUUUGCUCUGAUGAUGAUGAGGAUGAUGAAAAGGGAGGGAAACGCGUCACGGGACCACGAAAGAAAUUUCAAUGGAAUGAUGAAAUAAGGGAGCUGCUUUGCCACUUGGUGAAGAUUAAAUUGGAUGGUUAUGAGUAUGACAAGAAUAAGGCUCAGUCUCUGGAGGAUUAUGUGAAGACCUUCCUAGAUGGAGAGGUGAAGCCCCUAUGGCCAAAAGGCUGGAUGCAGGCCAGGACACUGUUUAAGGAGAGCAGGCGUGUACACGGACACCUCACAUCAGUCCUGGCGAAGAAGAAGGUUGUUGCUCCUACUAAGGUAAAGGGGAAGGAACUCUCCUCCAAACCUGAUAAAAAGGUGGCUGUUUCUGUCCCAUCAGUGCAUUCAGGCAACACCGUAGCUCUGUCAUCGGAGUCCCAGGCAGGAGGUCUUAACAUCAGUGCCCAGACCAGAGAACUCCUGUCCCUUGGGACAGCACAAGCAGCCAACAGCACUGCUACUCCUGCUGCCUUCAUGGACAACUCCUUGGACGAAGAUUUAAUUCAUAAUCCUACUUCCUCCCUUGAAGCAGUCUCUAAGGAACUGGCUGUGUUGAACAGCAGGGCGGGAGGGAGCCCCGACUUUCCUCUUCCUGGAGCUCCAAAAGCUCCACCUGAGAAGAUUCCAACUCUUGCAUCCUCAGAAGAGAAGAGAACAUUUCCAAAGGCCCACCCUGCCCCUACGACGUCCUCUGCUGGUUCCCUCCAGUCUCCUCUAAAUUUCCUGGCUGAACAGGCCCUUGCAUUGGGCCAAUCUUCUCAAGACAAAAAGACAGAGAACUCUAAUUAUAAAGAGCUCUCCUGCCAAGCCUCUCCCAGCAAAAUCCUUCCUGAUAUGCAUCAGGCUAAACAGAAGCACCACAGCCUGGUCCGACCAAGCCAUGGGCCUCAGACCUCCACCUCAGUGCCAGGUACUCAGGUGAAGGUUUUCCACUCGAGCAACCAGCCACAGAAGACUUUCACCUCUCCUGCUCCAUUUGCCAAACUGCAGAACCCCAAGUCCUCCUCCCCGUUGCCCCAGCGCUCCCUCCUCCAGCAGGUCAAGUCAUCAACCAAAGCCCAGAGCUUCCAUUCCUCUGCCACCUCAGGCAGCACCCAAAACUCCAGCAGUUCUCACAAAAGCCCAGGCUCAUCUUCAUCAUCUCUAAACUAUACAGGAAAGCACUCAAGCAGCUCUAGCACUUCAGGACAAUCCUACAAGUCACCCUUUGUUUCUGGAUCACUCUCCAAGCACGGGGCUUCUUCCAGCAGCUCCGCAUCGGGAGCGUCUGCAAACCAGGGCUGCUCCUCUGGGAACCUGCUGCCCAGCAUGCAGACCCCUUCCUCCAGCCAGGCAUCCAGCCGGCCGGCCCUGGGCUCUGCAGUGAAGAAGACUCCUGUCUCACAGAAGCUGACUUUAGUGGCACCUCCUGGAGGAUCAAAUGGAGAUUCUAGUGGGGGCACUCAAGGGGUGGCCAAAUUGCUGACCUCCUCCCUAAAGCCAGCUGUCGCCAGCAGCGCCGCAUCUUCUACCUCUGUGCCGAAAGGAACUAGUGGAGCUGUGCUGCUAACCAGUUCUUCCUCCUUAAGUGUACUGUCUCCAUCCUACAAGUCCAGCAAUCCAAAGUUGCCAGCUGCCCUGAGCUCCACCCCUUUAGGUAUUAUCUCUCCUAUUCAUACCUUCCCUCUUCAUGUCAUCUCCUUCACUUCAGACUCCUCCCCGAAAGCAGGAGUUUCAAAGGAUGCAAUAGUUACAGGACCUGCUCCAGGAACUUUCCACCAUGGCCUUGGCCACAGUCUUCUGGCUGGCUUGCACUCCAGCCCCCACCAUGCUGCGCCACUCCCACAUUCUGCCCUGUCCACUCAUUUACCGCAAAGUCUGCCAGUGAGGGAUGCAGGCUGUUUGCCUUGGUGCUGACGAUGUGAUGAUUUUGCAGUUAAGCCUGCUCCUCCCCGUUUGAUGCCUGCAGGACUGAUGCAUAAAACAAGAGAUGUCCAGAGAACAUCUCUGCUGAUAAUUGGAGCUCUGCCUGCUGUGGUGCGGUGGGUUGCAAGUGUUUGUAAGAACUGCAGAGGAAGGAGAGGAGAGAGGAAUCCAUUCAGCAUGCAGGAAAUGGAAAUGAAGGGACACCAGAUUGGGCAUGUCUGCUUUGGUAAUUGUGCCAUUGGUAAUUGCUGCAGCUGUUUCUGAUCAAGAGUCCCUUGGGUCCUCAGAGUGGUUCAGCACGGCUGUCUUAGAUUCUUACCUGGGCGGUGUGAGUCUGAUGUGGCAGUGACUGUGCUGGCUUCAUACUGUGGCACUGAAGCCAUUAGUAGAUGCGUGGGCACACUGCUGGAGGUGAUGUGGUCUCCUGGAGCAGUCCAUGUGAAAUGCCCUUGGCUGCUGAGUGUUUGUUGGAGAAAGAAGAGACCGCUGGUGAAAAUGGGAAGAAUUCCUCUCCUUUGCUUGUUUUCGUGGAGUUUGUGUGGGGUGAGUUGUUGGGUCCCUCCAGGUGGCAGAACAGAAGCAGCCCCAUGCAGCAGUUGCUGUGUGACAGACCUUUCCUUCCUGUUUCUAAACUUCCACUUGCUGGAGAGUGAGGAGAUUGAUUUCGGUUUGAACAUGUGAAAUGUAUCCUGUGUCACUGGGGAGGAGUUCUUUUUCUCAUUUGAAGGAAUUUGGAGCCCUCACUUGGUGUUUUCACGCAAACAUUGAAGACUGAGCACAGCGCAGUCUUCUCUGUCAGUAUUACCAAUUUGUGGUGCUUUGUUGAAGAACAAAAUGGCUUUUUUUUUUUUUUGGCCACCGUGGUCUUAAAAGAUCUCCUGUUUCUUUGGUGGAAGGAACUGUAGCUGGCUGUACAAGCAGAUAGCCACAGCUGCACUGCUCUGCCUGAAAGCUGCGAGCUAGCGUUUGGGAGGUUGCUACAAAUGCAAGGAACUGUUGAUGCCUUAUGUGCAGGUGCUCAUGGCAGCAUUCAUCAAAAAGCAUUUGAGCAAGGAGCAUCCGGUGUGUGCUUGCUUGUUGCUGCUGCAUUUGCUGACGGGUGUUCCUGCGUGCUGUGGCCGUGGUUGUUCCAACUGCUUGCUUUAGAAGUACUGUGUGCUGGGACUGCAGCCUUGCAUGGAAUGAACUGUCCUUGUCCUGGAGAAGGAGCUGUUGCUGCCCUGCUUGGUGCCACUGCUGCUUGACUGCACGUCUCGGUACAUGCAUUUGUUCACUGUGAUCUGGUGGUAGUUUUAAUUGUUCCUGGAGAAUUCUGAUAUGUUAAACUACCUUACUCUUUCUCUAUUCACUGCAUUUACUCUUUUUCCUUCGUGUCCUCUCCUUUUUCUUACUCCAGUGGUUAGAUUCCUAUGACUCCUGUUGCUAUCAGUGGGACUUCAUUACAACAGCAGAGGUCUGCUGAGUGAUACUCAAAUCAACUGUAGAUGCUAGGCAGCAAGCACCAUGAGUUUCUAGUUUCCUAGGUGGGGAGACACCACAGCCUGGCUUUUAGAGGACAGAGAUUGCCAAGCUAGCUAGUCAACCAGCCAUCCGAACCUGUGCUGUGGUGCUUUUGUUGAGAGGCCACGGGAGACCCUCGGUGCUUCCUGUGACUGCAGCUCCGCUGCUGCACGCAGCUCGGCGGAGCUGAUGCUGAAACCCUUCCCCAUUUGCUUCUGUUUUCUUUCAGACGCCUCUCAGCUUCACGGCAAAGGGUCCAACACACAGCAGCGGAAGUUGUGACGUCUGCCAGGAGGGGAGCUAGAGCACACAUGGGAUAAACCCGGAGGAGCUGUUAGUUCAUGAAUACCGACCGUGUCUUCUACUCAACGACAACUGGAGAGACUGAACUUCAACGAGGGCUUUGUUGGUGCGUUUGCUCAGAGGUUUUCAGAGUAAAGCCCCACACCGAGGGCCGCCUCGAGCCACGUCCCGAUGAGAGAAGUGUUUGUAGCACUCUUGUAUUGCUGCUGCCCUUCACGCAUUCCCUGGCACUGGCACGAGCUGGAACUCACACGAAGACUCGGGUGGCCUGGCUUCCCUGCAGGAAGCCUGGGGCUGCUGGAUUUCCACUCACCCGCGUCUGCGUCUGCCAAGUACCUCCAAGCCCAGUUACCUCCUUGGUCUCCCUGUGGAGGGUAUGAAAGGUGCUUCUUUCUUUUGCUUUGGAUUUACUUGGACAAUUCUAGCACUGCCAGUGCUUUCUGAAGACAUUUCACUGAGAUUUUUUUUUUUCCAAUUGUACUAUUAAGCUGUGCUACACUUAAUAGGAGGACUUAACAUUUCCUGUGCGGUGAAUCUAACGAACCAUCUGAUGUUCCCCUCUGGAGGAGAAAGAAGACUCUUUAGAGAGACGCUUCUAGAUGCACUCAUGGACGUUGAGAAUUCUACAUCUUUUGGUUUUUGCAGUUAUUUUUUUUUUUCCUCCAAAGGGAUGCUUUUUCCUGCUCAGUUUUAUCCUCAUUACUGUUGAAUGCAUUGGAUUGAAUGGGACACUUCUCAGCAUGUCACGUGUAUAGGAAGACAUAAUUCCAGUGCCUUUUAUGGUGGAGCAAGAAUGGACUAGUGACACACAUUUCAGCCCUAUUUUAUGUGCUCCUCGACCCUUUUUAAAUCAUUCUGUAUUUAAGAUGUAUUCUGUUUAUUUAAUAGAGCUUUUUAUGGUUGCACAUCAAAAAAGCUGCACUGUCUGGACUUAAAUGGUGUCUUGGUGACUGCGAACACAGUACCAAAUCCAGCAAGAGCACCAGUUCUUAUCAGAGUUUGUGCAAGCGGGUUCCAGACCCUCCCCUAAAGCCAUUCUUUCCUAGGGUUGUCAGUAACGAUCUCUUUAGUGGGCAGAGGGAAUGAUCUAGAUGAACCAAGGUCACUUAUAUUCAAAUGAAUUCCAGAGAAGAGUAUUGCUCUCCUUGAUGAUUUCUGCACUAGAAUCAUGCGCUUGUCCCAGCUGCAGGAAUGGGGACCAUCUGGAGUUGGGGGUGCAUCAUUUUGAUUUCCUAAGAUGAUUUUUUAACUCUUAGCCCUAAAUAAUUCUCCCCUGAGCACACCCUUAUGAACUGUGUAUAGCUAAAGGCAGGCUGUGGUUCCAACUGAGCUUUGUGGGUUUUAUUUUUCUGCUCUCCCCAGUCUCUUUUUCUCAGGCUCCUGGAGCCCACAUUUGAAUCGUGCCACGGUGGCACUCAUCUGCAUAGAUUUAACUGGUAGUUCAAGGGAAAGUCUGCAGCCUUCCUCCUAGAGCUUUCAGGUAGGAUGCUGGCGCUGUUUAUACCAGCAAAUAUCUGCUUUUGUUUUCCCUACUUUUUUGUAUGCUCCGAGACUGACUGUUCUCAGUUUGAGCUACUAUGUAAUUUUCCAAGAUCACUGCAUUGUUUAUAUAUAUAUAUAUAUAUAUAUAUGUAUAAAAAUGCAGCUCAGAAUUAAAAAUCUGUUUACAGAAAAUAUCUAGGUUGUAGCAAAAGAGCCAAAGACAAGAACUUGUGUGACUAAAACGAAGCACAGCAGUCAUCGUUGGUCUCUGAUCAGUGGAUGUCGCAUGGUUCCCGUUGGAGGCCUCAUCCUGAGAGGUGCUUUGCACCUUCAACUUCCCAUGGUUGCUGAAACAACAACAGUUCAGCAAACACCUGGCAGGACAGGGACUCGCAGCGAGUGACCCAGGGUGCUGGUUCUACUCCCUCUCUUUGCUUUCACUUGAAUGCUUCUGCUGGGAGGCACCUGUGUGCAUGGCCAGAGCAGAACGCCCUCGUUCUAGGAAUAUAGCGAAGCCUCUUGCCUCAGGGAAAUGUUUAUUUGGUGGAAAUUCUGUGGGAUAUAUUUUUUUUUUCCUCUUUUCUUUACAUGCUAUAAUGAAUGAGUGAAUGGUACGGAGCAGAGCUGCAGCAAGGCAGAACCACGCGGAGGCCUGACAGCUGAUGGGGAGCCAGGGCUCUGGCCUCUGCCUCGACGAGGCAACGUGCAGCACUUCCGUGACAGCGUGGGGCAGUGAGGCUCCCAUAGCACUUACUUUUUAGGGCAGUUCCUUUUGGAUGUAAGAGCUGCGGUUUACUAUUAUAUUUUUUUGUGUGUGAUGGGACUGUCUUGCUGAAGAUGAUGGGGGUGGUAUGAAAACUGUUAAUCUUGUACAGAAUAACUGAAUAAAUUGUUUCAACGUUUCCAAAA